AUGCCUGUCCCGCUUAUCAGCGAAGACGAAUACAUAACGCGGGUCGAGAACUUUGAUUCUCUUUAUUCAAACGACGACAAGCCGGUAACUCGCCAACCAAAUGAUGUCUCACCAAACCAUCAAGCUCAUGCUAGAAUGUACCCAACCCAUGCAUCCCUAUCUAUACCCACUCACAAUGAAGCAAAGACAAAUGGGAAUCGCGCUUCUACAAAAUCCGUAGACGAGAAGAAGUUUUAUUUUCCUCCGUAUAAUGUAAAAAACCACGCCCAAAGUCGACCUAAUGAAGCAAAACAAUCCCUCUAUAUUUUUUUGCUGAGAAAAUAAAAAACCAUUGCGUGGUUGAACCACAUCAUGGCCAUAAACAUUACCAUAAGCAUGAAUACCACCAUGGUGAUAAUGAGAGCGACCACAUGUUUUGCUGUUUGGACAAUUCGUACACAGAACGCGACGAGAAUCCUGAAUUCGUGUCAGAUUGCGCCGAAGAGUUGAAAUACAGUGUAAAAGUCCAUGAUAGCGUGAUUAUCCACGAGGCACCCCUGCAGACAACGAAGCUUCGAGUGCAGAAUAUUUGCUGUCCCAAGGAGGGUCGUAUCGUGCAGGAGGAAUUAGGCAAGCUACCGGGGAUUAAUACCAUAAGAGUUAAUAUCCUAGGCCGUGUUGCAUAUAUAUCACAUGACCAGGACAAAGUAACACCGCCAGAAAUGCUGGAAGCCUUAAAAAAACGCCAUCUUGGGGCGUCCAUUGUGGAUGCAGGGGCGGAGGCAGAAGUCGAUCAUGGAUUUCCUAGACAGCUUAAAAUCCUCCUUGCAAUCCUAGCUGUACAAGCUGUCUUAUUCAGCAUCGCGCUAGCAGCUAUGUUCUCUUAUGCCUCCUGGUACAUGUGGGUUGCUGUUGUUCAAAUUUGCUUCGGAAUGUUGCCGGUGUUAAAGAAGUGCUAUCACGCAAUCUACCAUCUGCAAAUCGAUCUGAAUGUUCUCAUUACUGUGACAGUUAUAGGCACGCUGGCCAUUCAGCAGUGGAUCGAAGGCGGAGCUGUGGUAUUCAUCUUUAUUCUGGCGAACUUUCUGCAGGAGUUUUGUUUCUAUCGCGUCCACAAGACUAUCUCAAGUCUCAUGCUAGCUAAGCCUUCCAAAGCAGUCAUGGCCUGCACAGGGAAACUGGUACCCAUUGAAGAUGUUUCCAUUGGUAAGUAUUGUUGGAAAUUAGACUCAGUCCCUUUUACCGAGUUUAACCAUUUUUCCAAUAGGCAAUUCCAGCUAUAGACUACGUUUUGAUCUAGGUAAGAAGAACAAAAUCUAUCACCACAGCUAGAAAGAUCAGAGCAUGUUAAAAUUAGUAAAAUUGCAAAGUUUGGCCACGAAAUGUUGUAAAAUGCGGAAAAUAUACAACCCUGCGAAAUUUGCAAAUUUUGUAUUAAUUUGUAUAAUUAUAGGGAAAAUGUACCACAUUUGGCCGAAAGUGGUGCAUUUUCCCGUGCGUAACAUAAAUUAAUACAAAAUUUGCAAAUUUCGUAGGGCUAUAUUUUCCUUAUUUUAUAAUUACAACAUCUCGCAUCAACCUUUGCAGGUUUACUAAUUUUAACAUGCUUUUUCUAGCUGGGGUGAUGGAUUUUGUUCUUCUUGCCGAAAUAAAAAUUUAGUCCGUAGCUGGAAUCAUCCAUUAGGAACAGUAACAAUUGACACACCAAUCAGCGAAAAGUACAAUUUAAAGAUAAUAUAUAUAUAAAAACCCAGAAAAUGACUUUCAAACAAGACAUAAAAGAGAAAAGAUAGAUUUUAUUUUUUUUAGCCAGUGCUUCUCAAGUUUAACCAGUGAUAUAUAUAAUCCAGAAUUGAACUAGCGAGGAACGCUACGUGCCAGUUAUUUUAAACCAUAUUUAAAAACGUUUCAUUAAGAGACAUUCAUUGAGGAGUUCCCGCCCUGAUACGGCAGUGUCGACAUAGCUCGAACUUCAGAAAACAAAAAGCGAUAGUCUUUCUGAAGUGCUUAUAGUGUUCAGAAGGGUUGCUUUUAGGGGUGGUCAUUGGAAGAAAAAAUUUGUCUAAGUUUUAUAUUUUACAAGAAAAUGACCAUGCACCACCCCAGGUAAAUUGCUAAUUAUGCAUAAAAUAACUAAUAUGCAUGGCAGAAAUUAAAUAUUCUUAUUUCCUAAAAAAAAUUAUCAUGGGGCAAAAAACUAUGCUUAAUUUAAUAUAAAUAUUGUUGAUUUCAUAAGGAUUGUCAUUGUUUUCUCUAAAUAUAAUACAUUUUAUUUCACUUACCCCCUACGAAAACACGAUUUCACAUAUUUUGCCGUCUUGUUUGCUUUUUAUCGCCGAAUCUGGCAAAUAUCAUCCAGUUGUUGUACUUUUACAUAAUCAUAAAUGGCUGAAGAAGAUUUCAAAGAAGGUUUCAUCAAGCUGUGAGACAGAGCAGUGUAUUUUAUCUUCGACAUUGUGUCCUUCGAUAUUUCGUCAAAUUGCCGCCAUUUUAAUGGCUCGCCGCUUCUCUGCCCGAUAAAUGCCACUUCUUCGUUUUCAUAUGUAUUUAGAUUACAGUAUCCAAGAGUACUUCAGUAGAGUACUUCAAUAGUCCCAAUCGAAAAAUUGACAACAUUUGUCCCAUUGGAAGGAAAAACCCUCCUGUCUACCAUUUAGGUUCAAAAUAAAAAACAAACCAUUUGAAAGUCACGCGCAAUCUUCGCGAAAACUUCUCGUGGACACAUGACAGGGGGGUGAAUAUUUUCACGAAACGUUUGUUCGCCACCACAGAAACAUAACUAAAUAUAUUGUAUUUAUAUUAUUAUGAUAAAAACAAUAAAUAUUUGCGUAGUUUUGUCAUAAAUCAUAAAAAUACAAUAAAUACACUAUAUUUAGUUAUGUUUCUGUGGUGGCGAACAAACGUUUCGUGAAAAUAUUCACACCCCCUGUCAUGUGUCCACGAGAAGUUUUCGCGAAGAUUGCGCGUGACUUUCAAAUGAUUUGUUUUUUAUUUUGAACCUAAAUUGUAUACAGGAGGGUUUUUCCUUCCAAAUGGAACAAAUGUUGUCAAUUUUUCGAUUGGGACUAUUCUACAAUGAAGUACUCUUGGAUACUGUAAUCUAAAUACAUAUGAAAACGAAGAAGUGGCAUUUGAUCGGAGAAGCGGCGAGAAGAAGAGAAGACAGAGAAGCGGCGAGCCAUUAAAAUGGCGGCAAUUUGACGAAAUAUCGAAGGACACAAUAUCGAAGAUAAAGUACACUGUACUGUCUCACAACUUGAUGAAACUUGGUUGAAAUAUUCUUUAGCCCUUUAUGAUUAUGUAAAAGUACAACAACUGGAUUAUAUUUGCGAGACUCGGCGAUAAAAAGCAAAUAAGACGGCAAAGUAGGCCUAUGGCUGAAAUCGUGUUUUGGUAGGGGGUAAGUGAAAUAAAAUGUAUUAUAUUAAAAGAAAGCAAUGACAAUCCUUAUGAAAUCCACAAUAAUUAUAUUGAUCUAAGCAUAGUUUUUCAUCCCAUGAUAAUUUUUUUUAGGAAAUAAGAAAAUUUAAUUUCUGCCAGGCAUAUUAGUUAUUUUGUGCAUAAUCAGCAAUUUACCUGGGGUGGGGCAUAGCAUUUUCUGGUAUAAUAUUAUACUUAGACAAUUUUUCCUUCCAAUGACCACCCCUAAAAGCAACCCUUCUAAACACUAUAAGCACUUCAGAAAGGCUAUCGCUUUUUGUUUUCUGAAGUUAGAGCUAUGUCGACACUGCCGUUUCAGGGCGGGGUCAUUUUCAGGACUUUCGUCCCGGAUUCAGGUUUUGGCACAUAUGCCAUGUUGCCCGCUAGUCUACAGUAAAUCGUUUAUGAAUUUGAACCAUUAGUCGUUACAUUUAACCACAACGUCAAAGUCAACAUUGUCAAAUAUGCAUGAUCAAUUUGUGGCCUUCAACUAGUUAACGUAACGAAGGAGUAGAAAGAGGCCAAUUAAAGUCGUUCGCGUACCCAGAGGACGUCUAGUCGCCCUACACAAAAAGAUUACGCUAUAGGCACCAGAAUGGAUCAAUUUCUGUAAAUAAUGUUGAAAGUAAUAAAAGAAAACUAGGUAAACUUGAUCCGCGGGUUGACCAUUAUCUGCUACAUGAUAGUGCUUAGAAAAAAACAGUUAUUUAAUCACAGCUUUCUAACCACACAACGUUUUCCUCGUUUUUGUUUAGGUUCUAUAAUAGCAGUGCGUCAAGGUGAACUGAUUCCAUUGGAUGGAGUAGUGGUGAAAGGUAGCGCAUCUGUAGACGAGAGCUCAAUUUCAGGCGAAGCUGCGCCCGUGGAGAAAACUCUGAAGUCCCAAGCAUACAGCGGUACUGUUAUCCAACAUGGCUACCUUGAACUGGAGACAACCUCUUCAUCAACGUCAUCAACGAUUUCAAAAAUUGCAGCGAUGGUGCAAGACGCGCAGAUGAAUGUCUCGCCAACUAAAAUAAUGAUGAAUAAAUUUGCGAGCUAUUAUACCCCCUUGGUCGUGCUACUCGCCGCCAUAGUCUUCCUGAUACCCUUGAUUUUACAUCUCUCUGGUGUGUAUGGGGGGAGUAUCAAGACUUGGGGAGAACGAGCGCUCAUCGUGUUGGUCACCGCUUGUCCAUGCGCUCUCCUGAUGGCCACGCCUGUGGUAGUUAUCUGUAGAAUAAGCGGUGCGGCACGCCUUGGGACACUAAUAAAAGGAGGCACUUUUCUCGAAGCUCUCUCCCAAAUCGAGUUUCUCGCAUUUGAUAAAACAGGGACUUUGACCGAAGGAAAAUUUCAGGUGAGAUAUUGAAUUUGUGUGUUUGGCGGCAAAUUUAUGCAAUAUGAAUAUUUAAUAUUAUUUCUUACUUUCUCUAUAUAAAAUAUUCCUAAUUCUGUUCCCAACUUCGCAAUUUCGAAGUUUCCGCUCGCUACUCUGGUUUUAGUAAAUGAAUACAAUACCCAGUCAAAUUGCAUUCGCGACCCAACGUUUCGACACUCCAGCAUAGUGCUUCUGGGCAACGUCUUUGUCCAUAGCGAUUGCUAUUGAUAAUUAGUCUAAUGACUCGACAGUUUUCCAACGCAAUCACGUGUUUGGCGUCACCCACUUAGUCUGCUAAAGCUGAACGCUACGAUGAAGAAGCUACGUUGCGACCUCAGAUCACUCCUGAUGAAGACACUAGAUUGGAGUGUCGAAACGUUGGGUCAUGAAUGCAAAUCGAAUGGGUUUUGUGUUCAUUGACAGUAUCAUGAAAAACCAUGCAGAGUAGCGAACGACAUUAUGAUAUUAUACCUGGUUGCCGUGAACUCGCAAACUCUAUUAAAUUUCUAAACUUUAUAUUCUUGGGUUUUAUGGAGCAGAUAUUGGCAUGUUCAAAUAUUUUAAUAGGUUUGAUAACACAUAUUCGUUGUUACGGUCACACACGCGUGCGAAAUUCAUUCUAAAAUAGCCUACAGAUCGUUUGCACAUGACUUCACAACCGCCAUGUUGGUGUUCCAAUUCAAUUAAAAGAAUUUUAUUUAGACUCUUUUGUCUCGAACACCAACAUGGCCGCCAUGGCUUUUAUUCAGUUGGUCCCUGGGAAAUAAGUGCCAACGUUCUAUUGUUUCGUGUGCUUAAAAAAGGAGCACCAACUUUUUCAUGCAUCGUUUUACUAACAACAGCCAGAAUAUUAAAAAAUUCUGUAAUGGCAUUUUCUUUAAUAACUAAAAAUGAAAUACUUCCGUCAAUUUUUAAUUUUUGGUACAACGAAAGACACUUAUAACUUAUAAAAUACAGCGUGCAAAAUUUGAACAUAAGUUUGAAGAUGGCGUGAGCAACUGACCAUGUUAGGUGAUCGAAAGGUGAUCGAUGUUAGGCUCAUAUUCCCGCGGAAACGAAUGGUCACGCGGGUUUGUUCGAAUAGCAUAAAGUUUUGCGAGGAUUACUAUAUCAGAGCCACCUUAAGUAAUAUUAGUUGCAUUACUCCUUUCAACACAAGACCAUUCAACUCGUGAAGGAAAAAAGUGUUGCCUAUUUUAAAAUGGUUAUUUUUUUCUAUGACUUAGUUUUGAGUGUGGUCGGUUCAGAACGUUGAUUUUGUACAGUUUAUCUUAAGGUGGUUGAUCUUAUGACAGUAAGUAAAGAUGAAGAGAAUGAUGUGAUGCGCUGGGCAGCCGCUUUGGAAAGCAAAUCAAGUCAUCCGUUAGCGGCAGCCGUUGUGACCGAGUUCACGGGAGAGUGCGUUGCUGAUUUCGUGAAUGAUGUCGAAGAGAUCCAACUGCCUGAUGUCAGCAACUUCAAAACGAUGGAAGGCCAAGGUAUAUCUGGAGUUGUCGAGGGUCAUUUUAUCGAUAUUGGCAACCCGGCAAUGUUGGAAAGAUUGGACGUGAAGCUAACCCCUGAAUUUGAGACUGAAUACGAUCGACUCUGCGCCGAAAGCAAAACCGUUGUGUUCGUCUGUGUUGACGAGGAACUGGCACUAAUGAUCUCAUUGGCUGAUAUCAUACGCGAGGAGUCUCAUUUGGCUCUUAGAUGGCUUCAAGACUUAGGCGUGCAUCUGGCUAUGUUGACCGGAGACUCCAAGGAGACGGCAACCGCUGUACAAAAGCAACUCAAACUCGACUCGUGUGUCUCAGAGAUGAAGCCGGAUGAUAAGCUGAAAUGGAUUACGAAUAUUAAAGAGGAACAUACGCUCAGGAAACGCCGCUGUUGUAGAGGGGUUAGUUAAUACAAUGUGUACGUAAGAAAAUAAUCCAGUCAAACAUUUCUCAACACGGACCCUGUAGGACAGAGCAAAGUGUUCGUAUUAUUAAGGGAUGUCGUUUUAUAUAGAGAUGUCACGGUAGUGCCCAAAAAUUAAACAAGUUUCCGAGAGCCCCCAAGAGCCAAAGGUAUGAUAUUCCUGUGCCAUUGACGCGAAUAUUUCUUGGCGGAGCAUGGUGUAUGCCCACCCAGAAGAUUUUGAAAUGUAGAAUUCAAUAGGUAGAGGGGACAAAUUUAUUUUAAGAUAGGAUUGUAGCUGCGGUGCCAGUAGUCGUGUUGUACAAGUCACACUGAAGGAUGUUUUAUUUUUUUUUUGGGGGGGGGGGGUUGGACAACAUCUGUAAUAGUCUUAUACACAUAAUAAAAUAUAUUUCUGUGGCAAAAUUAUUUGCCCCUUGAAAAGGUAAGUGAAAGCCCUUUCACCUGUAAUUAAGAAGCGCCCCACACUUCAGUGCCAUACUUUGACUGCAUCAAUACUAAAACUGUCUGUACCAGUGUGGGUACUACCAAUGUGAAAAUGCUGUGCUGAGUGGUUAUAUUACUACCUUAAAAAACAACUAGUCCUUAUUUUUUAAGGUAGUAAUAUAACCACUCAGCACAGCAUUUUUACUGCAUCAUACAAUGUACCAUUGUGAAUCUCGGUUUUGGAACGAAACUCUAAGUAAGUGAAUACUCGGAGUGCCCAUAGAGGCUAUAAACCUUUCUUGCUCCCUGAGGUCGACAAUUAGCGUCCAGAAUAUUCUCUGGGAAGUGUUUCUGAGAGAUAUCCCUAAAGGUUCGAUUGUAAUCAACACAUUUUUAGGACCCUUGUCUCGGUUCUUGACUUCUUGCAUCAACAAUUUUAAUCCAUGAAAUAUAUAAUCUCUCUAUCGGUUCAGUGGCAUUAAUACCUUUGAAUUUGUGUAGUCUUAAGGUGGCUGCCACAAAAAAAUUGCCAAUAUAUUUGACAUAUUUAGAAAAAUGAAAAAAUGCAGUCUGCUUUAAGACAAAAAAUGUACCCUAAACCGAGAAAUCCAGCUAAUUCUACACCUCAGGGUAAAACAAAUUCAUAUGUCAGCAUUAUGCAUCAAUGCAAGAGGACCAUUAUAUGAAUUCCGUUCUUCAUUUAACAAAUAUAAAACAUUUUCCGUGUUGAUAUACAGUUAUAUCAACACGAGUGGAAAUUGGGAAAACGAGAAAUUGGGUGGAAACACGACGCCCGAAGGGCGGAGUGUUUUCACACAAUUUCGAGUUCUCCCAACUUCCACGAGUGUUGAUAUAACUAUAUAUCAACACGGAAAAUGUUUUAUAUUUGUUAAAUGAAGUACGGAAUUCAUAUAAUGGUCCUCUUGCAUUAAGGUCAUCAAUGUAUUAGGUGUCCAUUAAAGCUGUUUCUAAGGUCCUCAGUAAUUUUAUUUGGCUCACAUCCUUUUUGGCGCAAACCCUAUAUUUUACCCUAUAGGAAGGCCUAUCCUAGUCAAAGAGUUAACGGCGAAUGUAAAAGUUACUGAUCCUGUGUCAGCUGAGCAUAAUUUAUCAUUUUUGUCUCAAAUAGAUGACAAAUUAAAGCUGUAAUUUAAAAAGAAAUGUUUUCGGUGUGGAAGACCACCGUAAACCGGACAAACGUUUUCUUGUCGCAACGUAAGCUCUUUCUGAUGACGGAGGAAGCAACUUCUGAUGAUAGAAGAGCAAGUGAACUUAAAUCUUUAAUUAAUAAGCUUUAAAAUUAUAUAUAACAUGCUGGGAAAUAAUGGAUUGUUUUAAAAACAAUGGAUUGUUUUAUAAUUAAAAUUAUCGGCUAUCAUUUACAGCGUACAAGUGAGGAUAGUUUUCCAUGUUAAGUAUCAAGAAAGUGGUUAGCUAUCUUAUAGUCUAAUAAAUUAUUAAUUAGUUUGAGGAUUGCAUUUUAGGAAAAAGUUCCUUUGGUUGGUAUGGUUGGUGAUGGCGUCAACGAUGGACCAGCUUUGGCAACGGCUGACGUGGGCAUUGCUAUGGCAGCAGGGGGGUCCGCAUUGGCAGUCGAAGCAGCAGGGGUGGCAAUUAUGACCAACAGCGUCUUAAAAGUGCCUGAAAUGAUUUGCCUAAGUCGAUUCUGCCGUCGUCUAAUUAUCGAGAACAUCGUGCUGGCCAUCUUACUCAAGCUUGUUUUCGUUGUGGUCGCGGCGAUGGGUUACGUCCAAGUCUGGAUGGCAGUGGUUGCAGACCUGGCUGGGCUCCUAGUCGUUAUCCUUGAACGGACUGAGGCCUCUCACAUGGAAACCACCCAGAUCGAAUACCAAGACGAAUGA